AUAAAUAAAGUGUUGCGAUUAGAUUUUUUUUAUAUAGAAUUUUUCCUCCCACAAAGGGCAUAAUCAAUAUUGUUCAAUUAUGAACAAUGCUGUUGUUAUAGUAACAUAAACAACAACUUCCGUUUGUUUCGAAAAGAAGGAAAAGGAAUACGAAAGAAUAAUAUGCUUAAUAUAUUAGAUAUACCGGUUGAUCCUAAAGAAGAAGCAAAAAUUAGAUUUAAAAGGAUUCAAGAAUGGCAAAGAAAAGCCAGGAUAUUUAAUCCAAAACAAAGGUUGAUUGGGGUGGAUUUAGAUAGUUUAAAUCAACAAGUUCGCGAUAGAAAUAAAAAGGAAAUAUCAGAAAAAUUAGAAAAUGAACAAUUUGAAAAGGAAAUGAUCCAAAAUGAUCUCUUAGCCGUGAUGCUGGAGAAGCGUAAAAAGAAAGAGCUCAGAAAUUAUAACGAAGAAAUUAAUAGAUAUCGCAUAUAUAAUCAAUACCCUCAAACGCGAAGAGAAUAUGAUUUAAAUGAUCCAGAUCGCUUGAAGAAAGAUAAACCUCCGAGAAUAUCUGAUGAUGAUCCGAAUCUUAGUGUAUCAGGGAUACAAAAAUUAGAUGGAGAAGAUUUAAAUUUCAAAGAAAAACUACGCCAACAAAGAUUUGAAUUUUGUAAAAUUAUCGAAGAGCAAAUAGAAGAAAACAAAUUUAAGAAGAAUUAUGAAGAUAAUAUGGAAAGAUUAUUUUACGAACAAUUUCGAGAUUUAAAUUUAAAAGCAAUGGAAUUAAGAAAGCGUGAAUUAGAAACGAGAAGACAAAUGAAAAAGAACGAAGCGGAAUUCAAUAAAAGAUUAGCUGAAGACAUCAUUUUGCAUCAACGUCAUGAAAAAUUACAGGAAGAGCAAGAGAAGUUACAAGAAAUAUUUAAUACAUUUUACAGCGAUAUGUUAACUGAAAAUCCCGAAGUUGCUCGUAGUUCUUUUGGACCACAUCGUGUAAUUCCAGAUAGAUGGAAAGGUUUAUCGAAAGAGCAAUUAAAUUUAAUUUAUGAUACACAAAAACGUCAAAUGAUCGAUGAUUUGCGUAAGAAAGAAAUGGAAGAACAAGAAAUGGCUGAAUGGGACAAAUUGAUAUUACAUCAAAAUAGAUGUGCAAUUCUGAAAGAAAGAGAACUAAGCAGACGGAAAAAAAGAACGGAUCAAAAUCUGUGCUUAAUGAACCAUGAGUUAGCCAAAGAGCAAACACUUCGUAAGGAAUAUUUGAAUAAAAUCGUGUAUACAAAUCCUCUCACUGAAGAUUAUUUUUCUCAAUUUAAUACUACUACUCGAUGAAAAUUCAUUUUGAAAACUUUAAUUUGAUAUUGUUAGUCAUGAAUUAAAAUUAAUAA